AUGAGCUUCAUCCAGCGCCUUGAGAGCUCGGCCCCCCUGGGCUACACCACCCCGGUCUUCCCCUCGCUGUACUGGCCGCUCCCCCCGGGGGCUGCGCAAUCCUUCUACCUCUACUACCCCAGCGACAUCCUGCGCUUCACCAUCUACUGGACGCUGCUGCUCGUCGGCGGCAUCCACCUGAUCGUCGCACUCUGGGCGUGCAUCAUCCAGUGGCGCAACUGGAACUUGAUAUGGGUUGUGCCUCCCUUGUUCGCCGCCGUGGGCGCCCUCGAGGGGGUCAUCGCCGGCGCCAUCGUGGGCGGCCUGCUGGGCGGCGUGUACCAGAGCGGGUAUUUUGAGAUGAGCACGUGGAUCCCGUUUGUGUGGGGCGUCAUCAAUGCCCUGGUCCUGAUCCUGUCCAGCUUCGCCAUCUACGGCGGCCUGUAG